GAACUCUAGAAGCGCCAAACUCUCCAUCGACACACCAAUGUCAUAAAUUUUUUUAAACUCAUUAAAUUUCUCUUAAAAACUUAUUAAUUUACUUAAGAUAAACAUAAAAAAUAAAUCAACUCGAAAAUAAAAAAUAACAACCCUCUUCAUAACUUUUUGAAAAAAACGCUCUCUUUCAUCCAUUAAUACACAAAUUAUCAUAUUCUCACUUUUACAUUUAAAAGUUUUAUUUUUUUUAACAGCGAUAAACAAUACAUAAAACAUUCGCCUUUAAUUUAAUAAAACAAAAAAUCAUCCGAGGUCAAAUGAUAAAAUAUAGUCACCAUUGAUUUUCUGGGCAGAUGACUGGUAGGUUGUUCAUAAUUACUACCCUUGGAUAUUUCGAUCUAUAAUCUACAAAAAUGAAGUUGACUACUCCAAAACAUGGUAAAGCUUUUGGCAACCUCGGCCCAUACAUACGAGGUCUCGUGACUUACAGGUUGAGCCCAUUUGAGCAGAGGGCUUUCGCCGGAUUCACAGCCUCAAUUCCUAAGACGAUCAGGAGAAUUGCCAGCAAUAUCCCAUACAUCGCCCCUCCUGCAAUACUGGCAUAUCUCAUUUAUUCGGCCACCGAACAAAAGGCUCUCCAGAUGCAGCGCAAGAAUCCAGCAGAUUAUGAAAAUGACAAGUGAACUGAGUCUUGAUUUAGAAAUAAUACCUUUGUAAAAAAAUAUAAAUAAAGUUUGUUGAAAAUAUA